CGGUCGGCGACGGUUCAACAUUGUCUCUCACAACCAGGAAUUGAAAAUGGGCGAGCAGAGCUACCACGAGGUCUUGCGAGAGUAUCGCGGACGCAUCCUUUCUCAAUCCCACCCCCUCACUCUCAUGGUGAAUCGCAUUCUACAGCGCCUGAUUCCCCAGGCGCCGAUUCACGGAGCGAACUGGGAGGUCCAUGUUAUCCAGGACGAUAACAUGAUGAAUGCUUUCGUUCUUCCAGGUGGCAAGGUUUUCGUAUUUACGGGAAUUUUACCCAUCUGCCAGGACGAAGAUGGGCUGGCGGCCGUUUUGGGCCACGAGAUUGCCCACGUGGUGGCCCAUCAUACUGGCGAGCGGAUGAGCAGCAACUUCGUUACCAUGGGAGUCAUCUUCCUCACCGCGCUCCUUUUUGAUGUGUCCGGGAACAUUCCGUCCUUAUUACUAAACCUUAUGUAUAGUUUGCCGAACUCUCGGACGCAGGAAGCCGAGGCGGAUAACAUUGGCUUGAUGAUGAUGUCAAAAGCAUGCUUCAACCCUGAAGCUGCUGUUGGACUCUGGUCUCGCAUGCAAAAAGCAGAAAAACAGGUGCCUCCUCAAUUCAUGUCAACCCAUCCAUCCAGUUGUAACCGCAUGGAAUCUAUUCGCGGAUGGCUGGAUAAGGCUCAGCACGCGUAUGAAGAGAGUGGCUGCUUUGGCGUUGCAUCUUAUGUGCCGGGAUUCCGACAGGCACGCGACGAUUUCAGCUGGUAGAGCAGGAUUUUUAAUAUAUAAAAUAAUAUGUACAUUAUAACUAGAACUCUCAAUCGACACUCAUAAGGAUCACUACUGGGGCGGGCUAUAACAAUCGGGUUUCUACCUAUGACUCAACAAUCACCGAUGUGUAGUUGCUGUCGGUUCCAGACAAGAAAUUUAAAGAAUGCUAAUUUCUUAUAUAUUAUAAA